AUGCAUGGAGGUACGCAAUCCACUCUUGCCUUUCUCAGACAACGAUACUGGAUUCUCGGUGGACGAGCUCCAGUGAAGACGCAUAUCCUGCGGUGCGUAAAGUGUGCUCGGCAGAGGGGGAUCCGUGCCCAUCAACUGAUGGGCCAACUACCUCUUUGUCGAGUCACUCCAUCGCGCCCGUUCACGCACACUGGUGUGGACUAUGCAGGACCGCUCAUGCUGAAGACUUGGAAAGGCAGAGGAGCCAAGAUGCAGAAAGGGUGGAUUUAUGUAUUCGCCUGCUUCGCAACCUCAGCCGUACACUUGGAAGUUGUUACCGACUACUCAGCAGACGCAUUCAUCGCAGCCUACCGUAGAUUCGCAUCAAGGAGAGGAACUGCAGCCUCCCUCUACUCAGACUGCGGCACCAACUUCCAAGGAGCGGACGCGCAGUUGAAGAAGCAAUUCAAAGACAGCACACGCGAAAAUCAGGACAUCGCAGCUCUACUCGUCAAGGAUGGCACGCAGUGGCAUUUCAACCCUCCCGCCGCUCCACACAUGGGUGGAAAAUGGGAGGCGGUGGUCAAGUCUCUCAAAUUCCAUCUGAAGAGGACGAUUGGAGAUACUUUAUUGACGUACGAAGAAUCAAUAACAUUGCUCGUGCAGAUCGAAGCCAUCCUCAAUUCAAGACCGUUGGAACCACUCAGCGAAGAUCCAGACGACGUCUCAGCCCUCUCACCAGGACAUUUCCUGAUCGGCUCGCAGAUCAACGCAAUGCCAGAGCCAACGCUUCUCGACGUCGCAGUCAACAGAUUGACAAGGUGGCAAUUUCUGCAGCAGCGCCUCCAACAAUUUUGGAGACUCUAG